CGGCUCUUUCAGGCUGCCAGGGUGGAGGGGAAUGGCGGCGGCACGGGUUGAGGGGUGCCGGCGCGGUCGGGUGGUUCUGGUCGUUACAGCUCUCAGUGCCGCGCGUUACAAAGCGGCCCCGGAGCCGCGUGCCCCGGGCUGAGGAGCUUCUGCCCCGAGUUCAGCAGCGCGCCGCAGCAGCGCCCCCUGCCUGCAGCGCCCCCUGCCUGCAGCGCCGCGGCCGCGCUGGGGACAAAGCGGCGCCCCAGGCGUGGCACCGCCGCUCUGCGUCCGGAUGGGAGGAGCGGCGCAGCCUGUCAGAUCUUAACGCUUCCUAGUAAGAACAAAAAAAGCCCGCUUAGCCGCUUGUUUGCAGCUGUGUGCUGUGACAGGAGAUGGAAGACGCGUGUAGCGGGGAGCAGGCAGGCAGGGCGAGCGGCAGCAGGGAGCCGGAGCGGGUGAACGGCGUACAGUUAAACAGAUGUGCAGAAAGGAGCUUGGAAACGGGCAGGCAGUGCGGCUGCUGGAACGAGGCACUGCUGGUUGCAAGGGAAAUGAACGGAUGCAGUGGCUGUGCCUGGAAAAAAAUGCAUCAACUCCUACUUCAUGUUUGUAUGCACGGAAAGUGUAUGUUUUGACCUGAAAUUAGGGACUUCGUUUACGUGCUGCUGUGGUUAUUGUUAAUGUAGGCAGGUUGCUCUGAAAGCAGUGCCCCCUAUUUAUCUCCGUGGAAACUACAACAGAUACAAAGAGCACAGUAACACUGGUAGAACAAAUUCUCGGCUACAAAACGCUGUUUUUCGACACAGUCACCACCAUCAGCUGUGCAUUUUCACCUGUAAUGAACCAGAGCCUGCGUGCCGUGCUCAUACAAAUGGCACCAGGGGAGGUGAGCCAGUGCUGCUGUCACUGCUGCUGAAAUGCAGCACCUGCUGCCUCACUGGGCCACAUCCGCUGUUGGUAUCCAGAAAUGUUCACCGAGUGUCAAUGAAUGGCAGUGGGUGCCAUUUUCUGCAUGGGGGAAUUAAAUUCCAGCCCUUUGCUUCAAAUGCACUUCAGUGUCAGAUGCCAUUCCGUCAGUCUGCCCCUCUGCUGCCAUCUGUCACGGGGCAACAGAAUCUCAUGGGAUAUUGGAAGGAAGGUUCGGCCUCACUGCCAUCCCACCAGCAUCUGCCUCUGACGUUGUGGGCCAACAUCAAAGCUUAGAAAGCCUUACUUUCAGAGUGGCCCUUGCAAUGCUGUAAUUGUGUAAUCUUAUUUUUCCGUGUGUGAAUGAAACAUCAACAUUUCAUCUUCCUGUAAUCACUGUAGUUCAGAUUUAGCCUUGGGAUUAUGACACACUCAUCUUGUUGACUCUGAUUCUCCUGACUGCGAUCUGCAUUCAACUUCCAAAGCAGCUUUCGUUCUGUCUUGUUCUUAUUGUGUGUUUGCAAAUACAGCUUUUUUGUGAUGUAAGGUGAUCUGAUGGAUAAAGAUACAGAUUUCCAGCCCCAGGGUAGAACUGAAAUGAAGGAUGACUUAUUUUAAUCAUUUCUGACUAAUUUGGCUAGCUUCAGUUCUUUCUCUCCCCUUCUCCCUUACUUUGGUGUUUUGUUGAAGCUGCUUCACAAAGUUGUCAAUUUCUUUCCACCAGGAAGAGUUCACAAGGCUAUAAAUUUAGCUGUUUGUUCCAAAAAAAGAAACGGUAUAAAUAACUAAACUUACACAGAAGUGGUUCUUGGAAUUCAGUUUCAGUUUUGAACAGCCUGAUGACACACAGACUGACCUUUUAGUAAUCCUUGUUGAUUGUAAGCGGCGCAUUUUGGUACUUGCUAUCCGGUCAGCAUUGCACCUCAGUCAGAAACAUCUCAGUUCGUGUUUAUAACAUCCUCUUUCAGACUUGCUGCCAUUCUUUACUCAAAGACUGCACACUUUUUCCAGUGGGAUCGCUUCUGUUUUAAAGGAAAACAAAAUGGGGAACUGAAUCACACGCACUCCAGUUAUUGCUCACACAGCAGUGAAGAAAAAGUAUGGGAGACUGUUCCCUUAGAGCAGCUGUAGUCGGAGACUUACUGGCCAUGUAACAAUUCAGCUUUCUAACUGCUGGAAUUGUGUCAGCUCUUGAGCUCAUAGAAAUUGUCUUCCAAUGGAAAAAGUUGUUUUGUAACUGAUGAUAAUGAUGUAGCCAUCAAGUGAAAUUGCUUUGCUGGCCUUUAUGUGAAUCCUUACCCACUAACAACUCAACUACAUGGAAUUCUGGUGAUUAGACUGUUACUCACACUUGUCAUCAUGUUGGCAGAAGGCAUCUUAACUAGGCUCAUAUAUAAAGAUAUCUGUCAUCAAGAUAAGCCUCACAAAUCUCAUGCAGCCAAAAAGGAUAAAGAAGGAAUCUGGAGAGAGAAACUUGUAGACAACCCAAAAAUUAAAGGAUGUGAUGACGGACUUGAGAAUCCGGACAAGAUCUCUGCUGAAAGUAACCAAAUGGAAAACAAGAAUGGUCUUCAACAGAGAGCCACAACACAGUUACCUGCAAAGAAUCAAACUGCAGCGGUUAGGAGAACCGUAUCACGAGCUUUGCGUGUCCCCGAAAGAGAACAAAGUGAUGAACAGACGGAUUUGUGUCGAUCCUGGUCUUGCAACAGCAUUUAUCAAAACUACCCUGACUUACAUAUUGGGGGAGACCACGUGGGAGACCACACAUGUGAUUCAGGUUGUGUUUUGGACCAUGUGUGUGAUGAACUUUCUGACGGCCCCGUUAUACUGUCUGUAGAUAUUCCUCUUGGUCAGUCCCCCCUGUGUGAGCAUCCUGAAAAGCCAGGAGUAAAUUUCCUGUCCGGAGAUGAAGCUGGAGAAAGGAGCAUGAUGUUCUGUGAGGAGCCUCUUUCAAACUCUCUGCUCAACAACUAUAUGGAAGCAAAGGUGGCAGAGCUCUAUAAGCAGCUUUUUGAAGAAAUCUUGACCAGGUGUGGUUCUGUAAGAAACCUCCUCACUUGCAGUUUAAGAAGUAAUGUGGAUCAGAUAAGCUUUCAGAUAUCACAGGAGCAGAAUAUAGAAACAUCAAAAGCCAGAGAAGUGCUCUUACAGUCUUUAGCUUUGUUCAGUUUGCACAACGCUACCAACAGAAGUAGCUCUGAGUUUAGUACUCCAAACUUGCAAAUAUCAAACCCAGCAGGUGUGAAAAAAUGCUGCAGGACGUGGUUUGCGUCGUGUCUGAACUGCUCAGCUGAAGAGAUGAAUACAGGUCGUAUACCAGUGUUUCAUUCUAAGGAUUAGAUUGGAAAAUGAAAGCAUGUAGACCCCACAGACUUUUUCAACUGUUUUCAUGCUUAAGCCAUACUUUGUCUGUGAUGAUCAUUAGCAGAGUAAGUAAAGGUCACUGUUCUCUUUUUUUUCUCAUGCAGAAUUUGAAACGCAUUCAUCUCUAAAAUUCUAUUUGAUUUCCCUGUAAAAAUGUGUAUGACCUCCUUGUAAGACUGUGUCUGAGUAAUGUACUCAUGUUUCAUUGGAUUUACUCCUGCAAGAGUAAUCAAUCAAGGCAGAAGUGCUGCUAAAACUUUUGUCUAAGAGACUGAUCCACCCACCUGUAUGUAAGAGUCCUUGCUGGACUUUGGAUUGUGCUGCAGAGCUGAAGCUCAAGUUUUGGAUAUUCAAGUACAAAUUUUGUUCUGCAAAGUUUGAUCACUCACAGUGGCUGGGAAAAGAUUUUUUUGGUUUGAAAAUCUUUCAGCAGAUGGAGAUGCUCAGGACUGAAUUAUAUUGUGUCUGGAAUCAUACACAGGAAAUGUAUCAACAUGAAAUAUCAAUCAAGACUCUCGUUGCAUAUGUAUGUUUAUACUGCAUAGAUAAAGUAUGUCACAAUGAAAAUCUAGGUGAGAUAGCUGAUCAAGAAUUUAAAAAUAUUUUCUAUAAAAAUGUUUUUCUUUUAAAUGAAUUUUACUUCUCUGAUUUCAUCCUCUCAGCUUUCCUUCAGCGUAUUAUAUAUUCAGUUUGUAUUUUUGGUAAGUGGAUUCUGUAUUUCUUUGAAAAUGAAGCUCGUGCAACCUCAGCAAGCUAACACUGCUGCAACAUUCCUGGAAAGCUUCCUUCAUCUUCAUUUGGAAAUUUAAAUGUACUUUUUGAUAUGAAAAUGUCAUUACUUAGCAUUCAAACCUAUUUUCUUCUUUUGUUUUGUUUUGUUUCUUCAUGGCAGGCAUUUCAACUGGAAAUUAAUCACUGUGUCACCAUUAUAAAAUAGUACAUUAAUUAGACUAAUAAUUUGUCUGCAGAAAUUUUCUUCUAGUAAGGAAAGCUCUUCACAUGCACUAUGAUUUGACACACCUACAGUUCUGGAUUUGCAAUCAUGAAAUCCAAUUCCAAAAUAUACCAACGAACUUCUAGAACUACAAGCUUCCAAAACAUGUGCUGAUGUAUUGUUAAGUCACUUCAUCCAGGUCAUGGUGGCACUCAGUGUAUCAGUGUGGGAUGAGUUACACAGCAGAGCUUCUCAGCGAACUUGCCAUCAAACAGCUGACGUAAACCAAAACAAUUGUUGUUUUUGAGACAUCUCUUAAACUCUGAUGCAAAAUAUGCAUUUUUUAAAUCUCUGUCAACCCUUCAGGAGAAUAUGAAAGAUCUUGUGAUCUCUAGGUAAUAAUACAUCAAAUGCAAACACAUUUGUGUUUGUAAAUCAAGGCCCUUGACAUCUGAUCUUUCCUUUGAAGAGAUCAAAGUUGGUGUGUUUUUUUUUUAUUUUUAUUUUUUAAUCCAGCAUCUUCAGUUCUUGGUCUUUUUUAAAAUUGAGUGCUGGAUUUUAUAAUGAAAAUACCACUGAGCAUGAAAGUAUACCCCAGAACACUGAGAAGAUCUGAGUUUGCAAGGGAUUAACCUUGGAGCUCUUGAAUUCAAGUAAUUUAGCUUCAUUAGUUGCUUUUUUUUUUUU